AUGCCGUGGGCUGCGCGGACGAACCCCCACCAAGGGUUGACGACAACCAAUUCCUCGGUGCAGCUAGACACGACCGUAGGAGGCCGAAUAAGACGAACAGCUUCCACGAUGUCUCAAUCCCUCCGUCCUUACCUGCAAUGCGUGCGAUCCUCCCUAACAUCCGCCCUCUGCCUGUCCAACUUCGCAUCCCAGACUUCAGAAAGACACAACGUCCCCGAAAUCGAAGCGCAGACAUCCCCUGAGGUACUGCUGAAUCCGCUGACGGUCGCGCGAAACGAGAAUGAGCGAGUCUUUAUUGAGCCCAGCAUCAACAGUGUGCGAAUUAGCAUCAAGAUCAAACAAGCGGAUGAAAUCGAGCAUAUAUUAGUACACAAGUUCACUCGAUUCUUAACCCAGAGAGCGGAGGCAUUUUUCAUUUUACGGCGGAAACCUGUCAAGGGCUACGAUAUCUCAUUCCUGAUCACGAACUUUCACACCGAAGAAAUGCUGAAGCACAAGUUGGUGGACUUCAUCAUACAAUUUAUGGAAGAGGUAGAUAAGGAAAUCUCGGAAAUGAAGCUCUUCCUUAAUGCGCGGGCAAGAUUCGUGGCAGAGUCCUUUUUAACACCUUUUGAUUAA